UGCUGGUCCAUCGGACACGUGUCGUCGAGCCCUCUUGCUAAAUCCGUCCAGUACAACGACUGGGGAGACAUCGCCCCAAUCCCCCACAUCCGUUUCUCUCGCCGACGCCGGCGAGCUCAGUUGGCUCGCGCAACACCGCCCCCAGCGGACAUGGACGGGCCCGGCAACGGCGAGGCCUCCUCCGGCGCCCGCGCGGUGGACGUCGAGGAGGAAACGCUCCCCGGGGUGCUCCGCAGCUUCGUCGACGGCGUCUCGUCCCCGGGAGCCGGCGGGGACGAGCCGCUGCUGCGGCGGAUGCGGGCGGCGUCCUGCGAGGCAGCGCCCCGGCUGCGCGAGGCGUCCAGGAACUCGGCGCGGGACCUGCUCGAGUGGACAAGGCGGGGAAGCGGCCUCCGCGCCAUCCUCGUCAUCUCAGCUGGGACAAUCACUCUUAUAGCAUUGACUGGCCUUCUGAUCUUCAUGUUCUUCCUGCUGGUUGCGACUGCUAAUGCCAUCAUUGUUUCAGUCCUGAUGUCAUUGGCAGCUGCCGGAGGAUUCUUGGCUAUCUUCUUUGCUUGCUUAGUUGCAGUGUAUAUCGGGGCACUAUCAAUUGCUACUUUCGCUGUGUCCGCCACAGUUAUCUCUGCAAUUGUUGGAGUAAUGAUUGCUACUGGUUGGGUUGGGUUCUUCUGGAUGAUCUUGUUCGCUGCAAGGAAAAGCAUAGACCUGACAAAGCACUCCGUCGGCAUGACAAGCUUGGCGAUCCAAUCGUAUUCCACUUCCCGGCACGUGAACCAGAAGCCUGUAGACUGAUGCGAGUUCAGAUGGACGGCAUGCCCUGUGUGGAGCUUGAUCUUUGUGAAUUACGGUUUCCCCAGAUUUUAAGAGAGUGGAGGAUGUCACAUGCUUGUAGUAGACGGCUCUGGUUUUCUGUGUGUAUCGGCCGCUACUAGUCUCUUCUGAACUGCACCAUAUAUGCCCGGCAACCAGUGUUGGUCUUUGUGGGAUACGAUCAGAUGAACUAGUGGUGAAUAGCCACCGAUACUUGUGCAUACAGAUCGUGUACACAUUGUGGAAUAAGCCUUGUUGUAUGUGCAUGUCCUCCAUGAGUGCACAAUAAUAUUGGUAUUGGAAAUA